AUGGCAGCCUGGCUCGAUCUUGUCUCUGACACCACAGGCUGGUCCUUGGUGGACACGCGGCGUCUGGAAGAAAUUGUACAGGGCAUGAGCCACCCCAAAACCCAGUAUCCCUCAGUUGUCUACUUUGCUGGUAACGGUAAUCGAGUCAAGGCACUUCGGGCGUUGUUUCCUCGUAACAAUAUCACACGCCGGGGACCAUCCGGCCUGGUCCGAUUGCAUCUUAGUACAUCUACUGCCAACUGUGAAAAUCCAGUCAUUUUUGCUGAAAGCAAUCCAUUCAGCCAAUCGAGCUUGGGCGAGUCUAACUGGCUGAGGUGGUCAUCUGACAAACAUCGACGAUAUCCCGCUCUCCGAAAUACAUCUCAAUCAUUAGCCGAAAUACAGCAGCAAGUGAUCACACGAACUAUUUUCCCUUGGACACAUGUCCUUUGCAUUUUCGUUGAUAAUGACUCAGAGAUGAGAGAAGCCCAACAGCUGCUCGAUAUUCCUCGUGGCAGGUUGACGGUGGGCGCUCAGCCCAUCCCAGAUUUGAUGCGUGUUGUGAUAAUUUUUACAGGAAACUCAAUGUCACAAGAUGGCGAGAUCAAAAAGGAUAUCCUAAACAUGCCGUUUGGUAGAGACCAUCGAUCGAACGUCACGAUUCUCGACCUUCGGGAUCGGUAUGAGUUGUCUCCUACGGCUGCCUUUGAGCCACUCCGGCGCCUUAUUCUCGAUGAGAUGCAAAUAUCUCGGGCAAAACGUCUUCAGCAAGGGGUUUUUUUUUCCGCCUGUCAUUUAUAUGUCCUAUGGAGCCGAGCGCUUAAGUCCCAAAUGGAAAGCGCGUAUGCCGUCGAGUUGGACUGCCUUCAGGAAGCACGAGAAAAUCAACAGGUGAAUCCCAUAAUGACAGAAUGCUUGAGAGAGUUCUUGACUCAAUCAGCAAAUUUUGUCCCUAUUGGUGAUAUCCAUGCCUUUAUCGCCUCCGCACUCUUGAUGGACGCCUAUCCUCCUGAAAUGCAUGUCUUCCAACCUGAGUUUGUUUUCAACGACAUUAGCCAAGUUCUAUCGUCACUGGGCUGGUUUACGCUCGACAACACAGACGGCCAGUAUAGUUCACAUAACUUAGAGAGUACUCUCAAGGACGCAAUGGACCCUAAGCGCCGGGUCUUUGACGUUGCAACGACGACCACUUCCGGUUGUCGUGUUGCCAUCAUCACGAGUCGUAUAUCGGACGGAAAAGCCUGUGUUCUGGCCAACUACCGAGGCAAGGGUCGGGACAAUACGAAAACAGCAUACGAAUUUCUAGCUGCGCGCAAUGAACUUCAUAAUCCAUUUUUGUGGGAAGUGGCUCGGUGCAGUGUUGCUGCUCCAGGGUUUUUCCAGACAAAGUCACUCCCUGGCUUCGGUCCUUUUCAAGACGGAGGUGUAAGGGCCAAUAAUCCUCUCGGAAUCGCUGUAAAAGAAUCCGUCACAAUCUGGCCCUCGGCACAGAAGCACGAUCUACUAGUGUCAGUGGGGACGGGAUACUAUCCUUCCAUAUCUGGACCCCAUACAUCUCCUCACAACAUCCUUCAUGGCAGCGCUAUUCCGCGCCUGAUUCGAGCAAUCAUGUCUUCGCCUUCGAUGGAUGGCGAGCAAGGGUUCUAUGAAGCACUGAACUAUAUUCCUGACCUCAUCCGGCUUGACAAAAAACUACCAUCGCCCCUGCCAAGACUGGACGACGUGGAUUCAUUGACGGAGUUAGGGGAAAUGUCGUACGAUAUUCCAGAUGAACUCGUUCGGAAGAUCUUGGCCACUGCAUUUUUCUUCUUCGAAAUGGACCAUCUGCCAACCAAAAUGCACGACUCGUUUUAUUGCCAAGGCUCCAUUCUAUGUACACGUCCAUAUGAUAGUACACUAGGAGAGCGAGUGCACAGGGAAUUUCCGGGUGCACAAUUCCAGACGGCUCACGGCCAUCACCUUGGCCAGGUCGACGAAGGUAGUGGCUGUCGUGUGGCCUUCUCAAAAACCAGCAAGCCUAUACCUAUUUUGGCCGAGCCGAUCAUUCAAUCGCUAUAUGGCCUCCUAGGCGAGACUGCUAUUGUUUUCGGGGGACAAAAAGACGCGUAA